AAAGAAAGAGAGGAGAAAGAGAGAGAGAGAGAAAGAGAGAGAGAGAGAAAGAGAGAGAGAGAGAUUUGUGCCCACAAUGGCAACUGUAGGUAUGCUAAAUACCUCUGGUUCCUUAUCCGGGAACUACCUCUCACUCUGCUAUUGGGCCAUUGGGUCACGUGGUAAAAGUAACUUUACAGGGCUGCUCGCAAGUAGGAGGGCUUUAUGGAGCAGAAAAACGACAAAGCUAGAAAAAUUAUUUUCCACUCCAGAAAUUAAUGAUCAUGAGCUCGUAUUUGAUGGAGUCUAACUACAUUGAUCCGAAAUUUCCUCCAUGCGAGGAAUAUUCGCAAAAUAACUACAUCCCUGAGCAUAGUCCAGAAUAUUACAGCCGCGCAAGGGACUCUGGCUACCAGCAUCACCACCAGGAGUUAUAUCCUCCGCGGGCGAGCUACCAAGAGCGCCAGUAUAACUGUGCAAGCAUCCCUGAACCUGACACGCCAAGGGGACAUGGAAUACCCCAUUCUGCGCACCUACUGACAGGGAAAGGGCAGCCUGCUUCAUGUGAAACCCCACAGUUGUCCAUGUCCCCCGCCACCCCACCGGCCGCAACCUCCGCCUGCAAUCAAGCUACCCCGGAGCAUCCAAACAGCACAGCCUCCUCCAAACAGCCUGUGGUGUACCCAUGGAUGAAGAAAAUUCACGUCAGCGCUGUGAACUCUGCUUACAAUGGGACGGAGCCCAAGCGGUCUAGGACAGCAUACACCCGACAGCAAGUCUUAGAAUUGGAGAAGGAAUUCCACUAUAACCGAUAUUUAACUCGGCGGAGGCGCAUCGAGAUCGCACACACCCUGGUUCUCUCCGAGCGACAGAUUAAAAUCUGGUUUCAAAACCGCAGGAUGAAAUGGAAAAAGGAUCACAGGCUGCCGAACACCAAAGUGAGGUCCACCUCCUCCUCGUCCGGGUCCAACACAAGCUCAGCAGCCGGCGCUGUUGCCGCUGCCUCGGCCACUAACAGUGGGGCCCCCGACGAACUCUCCGGAGCACAGCAUGGCGAGGAUAUUACCAGGUUAUAAAACCACGAACCGAGAUUGGGGGUAGAAAAAGAACUGGUUAUUUAUAGAACAAUUAUAUAUUUUGUUUUCGUAGCUAUCUUGUGCGGUUUCCUUUAAGUCCAAAGUUAUAUAAAAUGCAUGUUAUAUAGCAUGGAUUACUGCGAACACCGAUGAAUUAUUUUUACGUGACACAGGGUUUAAUUUAUUUGAAGUUCAAUUAAAAUGAUGUUUUUUAUUAAAAAAAAUGUUUUGAAUGAAGGAAGAAAAAAAGUAGAAAAAAAAUAUACAUUUUAUCAAAAUGUUAUUGUGGGCCAUUCUUUUGCCCUGCUGCCCAAGGUGAAAUGCACAAUCUAUUUAUUUCAAACAACACUGGAAGGAAUCACUAUAAUAAUAGUUAUUUUUGGUAUGAAAAAAAAAAAGCUGGAACACACCAUUGAUCUUGAACUUGUAUGUUUAGGAUAAUAACAAUGUGUGAAUUACCUCGUGUAUUUCAGAAACAGGAUUUUGAUUUACAAUUUAGUUUUGUGGUGUUGAUGUUGUGUUUAGACCGUUAAAAAGCAGAUUAUUGUGAAAUGCAAUAAACGGAGUUUAGUGUACUUGUGCUAAUCAUAUUGGUCAAUAAAACAGUGAGUGUCUACUAGUUUUAAA